UACAACUACAUCAGGGAGGACCUGUUCACCUCGGAGAUUUUCAAGCUGGAGCUGCAGAACGUCCCUCGCCACGCUAGCUUCAGCGAUGUUCGGCGCUUCCUGGGCCGCUUUGGCUUGCAGCCUCACAAGACCAAGCUCUUCGGCCAGCCCCCUUGCGCCUUUGUGACGUUCCGUAACGCAGCAGAACGGGACAAGGCCCUGAGUGUGCUGCAUGGUGCCCUCUGGAAGGGCCGCCCGCUCAGCGUGCGCUUGGCUCGGCCCAAGGCUGACCCCAUGGCCAAGAGGAGGCAGCGUGAGGGUGAGGGUGAGCCGCCAGCCACACAGGUCGCUGACGUGGUAACCCCACUUUGGACGGUGCCCUAUGCAGAGCAGCUGGAACGGAAGCGGCUGGAGUGUGAGCAGGUGCUGCAAAGACUUGCCAAGGAAAUUGGGAACACCAACCGCGCCCUGUUGCCGUGGCUGCUCACACAGAGGCACAAGCACAAUAAGGCCUGCUGCCCCCUGGAGGGGGUCAGGCCAUCACCCCUGCAGACCGAGUAUCGUAACAAGUGUGAGUUUCUGGUUGGCAUCGGGGUAGAUGGGAAAGACAAUACUGUCGGCUGCCGGCUGGGCAGGUACAAGGGCGGGACGUGUGCUGUGGCAGCCCCCUUCGACACCUUGCACAUCCCAGAGGCCACCAAGCGGGUGGUAAGGGCCUUCCAGGAGUUCAUCCGGUCCACUACGUACUCCGCGUAUGACCCAGAGACAUACACGGGCUACUGGAAGCAGCUCACUGUGCGCACCAGCCGCCGUGGCCAGGCCAUGGCCAUUGCCUACUUCCACCCCCAGAAACUUAGCCAAGAGGAGCUGGCAAGACUGAAGAUCUCUCUCGCACAGUAUUUCACGGAGGGGCCAGGCAAGGCCAGUGGCGUGACCUGUUUGUACUUCGUGGAGGAGGGACAGAGAAAGACUCCUAGCCAGGAGGGCCUGCCGCUGGAGCACGUGGCUGGGGACCGGUACAUCCACGAGGACCUGCUAGGGCUGACCUUCCAGAUCUCCCCCCAUGCUUUCUUCCAGGUGAACACCCCGGCCGCCGAGGUACUCUACACGGUCAUCCAGGAGUGGGCCCAGCUGGAUGCGGGGAGCACGGUGCUCGACGUGUGCUGCGGCACCGGCACCAUCGGCCUGGCCCUGGCCCGGAAGGUGAAGAAGGUGGUUGGGAUUGAGCUGUGCCAGGAGGCUGUGGAAGAUGCCCGGGUGAAUGCCCACAUCAAUGAGCUGAACAACGUCGAGUUCCAUCCCGGGAGGGCGGAGGACCUCGUGCCCGCCCUGGUGAGCAGACUGGCCUCCCAGAAGCUCAUCGCCAUCUUGGACCCCCCUCGUGCUGGUCUGCACUCCAAGGUGAUUCUGGCCAUCCGCAAAACUGCAAACCUGAAGCGGCUCCUGUACGUCUCCUGCAACCCCCGCGCAGCCAUGGCCAACUUUGUGGACCUCUGCAGGGCCCCUUCUAACCGUGUGAAAGGCACCCCCUUCCGGCCAGUCAAGGCUGUGGCUGUGGACCUGUUCCCGCAGACCCCCCACUGCGAGAUGCUCAUCCUGUUCGAGAGGAUGGAACACCCCAAUGGUGCAGGGGUCCUGGACCCCCCUGCCAUGCCCCUAUCCUCCCCAUCUCCACCAGGGCCUCCAGAUGGCACACCCCAGGAAACUGGGCUCCUCCCCUCUUCCUAG